UGUGGGGAAGUUCAAGUUGUAAUGGUGGUUACAUUAUCAGUUUUUUUUCGUGAACAAUUCCUUUAUCAAGUGGAUUGAUUAGAUGUGCAUUGCUAUUUUUGGGUUUCCGAUUGAAUUAGUGGUUUGCAUGUAAUUCCGUAAGUUCCGCGCUCCUCAGCUACACGGCACGGCACGGCAAGUGUUUUAAUUCAUUGUGAUUGAGCUGGCUUGGUAGUGGUGCUUUCAAUUCAUUCAUGAAUUCGCCCAUAGCCCUCACCGUUUUUAUGAAUUACGCGAUGCAAAUGUGGGAUAUCUUGCGUAUCUCCCCUACUCCUGCGUGAAUUUCUCUGUUUGGUGCAGAUUCUGUUGAUUUUCAUUAGUGUGAGCAAAUCUCUUGAUUUUAUCAUUCGUUUCAUCGAGUUCCCGAAAAUGCCUGAAGAGGAAAUAAACGUGACGAGGGCAUCUGUCGAGUGCUUCGUUCAAAGUGACUGGUUAUUCCGAGAACUUCGCUUGAAUCCGUCCAAGUUAAUUAUUUUAGACUGCAGAAGCUCCUAUGAGUUCAGUGAAUCACACAUUAGACAUGCAGUUAAUUUUAGCAUACCUAGUAUUAUGCUCCGACGUUUAGCAGCUGGGAAAAUUGAUCUGAUAUCAACGAUCAAGUGCAGAGAGCUUAAAGAUCAGAUAAUGCACGGCUACAAUGAGAAGUUCUUUGUAAUUUAUGGCGACGCUGAUGAUGUGCGAUCUUCUUCCCAUGACUUGAAUGUUAUGCGAGUUUUGACGAAAAGACUUCAACAGGAUGGUUGUAGAGUUUUCAAUCUUCAAGACGGUUUUGCUCAGUUUCGACAGCAAUAUCCAGAAUUUUGCGAGUCAUUCACUGAACUUGACACACCGACAGAACCAAAUGCGGACUCCCUUCUGACAAUGCCCCUCAUGGGACUGAGAUCUUUGCGUAUCUCUUCAAUCACACUUAAACGUAACAAAGAGUUAACCUCUGCCAGCACUUCCUCAACAGAUAGCUCUGAGUCUGAUGAACGCUGCGACAGCUCAGUUUGUUUGGAGGAAGACCGAGAAUUUCCUGUUGAAAUUGUGCCGUACCUGUUUCUUGGUAAUGCUGCUAACUCAGAAGAUCUUGUAUCUCUAAGCAAGCAUAAAAUUCAGUACAUUUUGAAUGUAACUCCUGACUUACCAAAUGUUUUCGAGAAGAGCAAUUCAUUUAAGUAUAUGCAAAUUCCAAUCGCUGAUCAUUGGAGUCAAAAUUUGGCGAGCUUCUUUCCUAAAGCAAUCCAGUUCAUAGAUGAAGGGCGCUCCCAAGAAAAAGGUGUCCUUGUUCACUGUGUUGCUGGCGUUUCACGCUCGGUAACAAUCACUGUUGCCUACUUAAUGGCACGCCUAAAACUUAAUUUAAACGAUGCAUUUAGUCUAGUGAGAUCUCGCAAGUCUAAUGUAGCGCCCAAUUUCCACUUCAUGGAGCAACUGUUCACAUUUGAGAAGGAGCUGGCUCUUGGUGAUGAUGAGCAGAAGAAAGAAAGGAAAGUUUGUGAAAGGUGUGAAAACAAGGCUGAAGGAACUCAGGCGUGUAGUUGUCAGACUUCGGUCGGUUUCUUCAGUCCAUUAAUGAUUGGGCAGACACCGGACAGCGGAAUCGAAUUUGACAGGUGGACACCAGGAUCAGGCGACUGAGAUUUGGAGUCCGAGGGAGCUGUCCCUCGAAAUUCUGACAGAAGCUACACAAUUUAUAAGUUUUGAGUUUUCAGGUUAAGUUUAGUUGUCUUCUACCCUAAUUUUCCCCCCUUCCCCCCUUUGAUUCCAUGGUUUCUACACGAAAUCUUUCAAAGACAGAUCAGUAAAUCUUUUGUUCUGAAUGGAUGAAAGAAACUUCCCAUUUUUUUCCUCAUUUUAAUUCUUCUUAAUACAUCUCGUUGAAAUGUCUGAUCAUAGGUGAGUGUCAAUUCAAACAUAAGGCUCUAUUUGUUGUUGUAGCUGAAAUGGCUCCUUGCCUCUGGAAAUCCUCACAUGGUUUACACUGUGAUGUAAGGAGUUUUAGGGACGCUUUUUACUCGGCAUUGAAAAGAAUAAAUUUUAUGAAACUUGAGUAAAACUCAAAAGUUUCAUUUCUGAAACAAACGGUUACAGGUGAUCAUAAUGUUUUGUCACUGCUAAAAAUUCAAAAUUCCUCGAGAAAAGUCGCUGGUUUUGUAAAUUUCAAUAUAGGUUUCUACUUACAUUAAAGUUUGACAACAUCGUUUCCUCUUGUACUAAAUAUUUUUUGUGGCGGUAAAUCAUUGUAAGCCUGUGCUUGGAUCUAUUUUGAAAGUUUAACUAUUGGAUUUUACUGGUUUUGUAUACAUUUUCUCUUUUAUAAUGCUGCGCCUAAAGCAUCGUUAGACGUCCCUUAAUCUAAAUGUAAAGUUGGCUUCCCUAAGGAUAGGAGCUGUCUAAAAGACGACUAUGAAUACAACCUGUAAUCAAAUCUGGAGUCAAAAACUUUAAUUUGUGUAUCAUUAGCAAAUGUAGGUUAUUAAAAAUAUGUUCCAAGUAUUGGAGUAUAUUCUUAAGCCAACAGAAAAGUACCCAAUUUAAAAGUCUCUCCAUUAUUUUAUUGUGGUCUUCUGCAUCUUUAUCAAAUUCGUGUGAGCUAUUGAUAUCCUAUUAGUUUGAUUCUUAUUGAGUGGGGAAUCUAAAAGUUUCCAAUAGUAAAUAAGUUUGAAAUCACAAAAAAUUGCUGUCCUGCUCUAAAUGUUGGAUUCUAUCAUUCAUAUUUGAUCUUAGUGAUGAAAAAUGUGUCAUAAAAGUCAAAGAAGUUAACAUUUUUGGGGCAAAAAUCGAUCAAAACAUUUUGUUAUUUGUUAAAAAGUAUGCCAGCAAGCAUUAUUUGAUUUAAUUCGUAAUUUUUGAUGUAGUUUUGUCUUUGGUGCUAUCCUACUCAGUUCAUUAUUUUAUAAAAUUCUCUCAUACUUAUUAUCUGUUACAUAAUUUGUUUCAUCAUGCACAAAAUGCCAAACUCUCUUAAUUUCACACCAAAAUCUCAGCUACUUUACUUAAUAUAUGAAGGGUUGAAAGAAAAAUUUAUUUUGCUGAUCAAAACAUGAUUCGUGUAGCUUUGGAAAAGUGCUAGAUUCUGAAUUUUUCUGAGAAGUGCUUGAUUGUUUGGAAGGUGCUUAAAGUGUGUUUGAAUGUUUCUUCUAACUAAUUGUUAGUGGUUGAUGCUUGCUGGUUAAAGAAAUAAUGAAGCAUUUGAUGAUUAGUAAACUGUUUUAAGAGAAAUUAUUCUCACAAAAGAAAUUGCAAUCUGUUUUCAAAGUAAAAAAUAUUCCCGACUAGGACUCAAGGCACAUACAAGGAAAAAACUGUGCAUGAAAGAACAAGUCCAAAAAAUUAUGAAAAAUGCUAGAAAACUAUGCGCCUGAUUUUUUUUCUUAAUUGAAGCUGCAUGAAGCAUGUUAAAGAAAAAAAUUACAAAACUGCAGCAUGAUGAAGUACUCUGAGCUAAAGUUGUAUGAAAAACAGAAAUGAUGCUAAACAAUCAGUUUCUGCUUCUUUCCUCAAAGAUAACAAAGAUAAAAAUCAUUUACUUCUUGACAGUGUAUUUUUUUAAAAUAUUACUAUCUUUACGUCUAAACCAUCAUCUUUCAAAAACUCCUAAUUCAAGUUGACUUCUUUUGUGUAAACGCGUCCAGUUACAGUGUAAUUACAUCCAGGAAAAUAUGUGUUAAUCCGACUUUCGAAGCAGGGUAUCUACCUUCUAAAAUAUUUAAUUUUAUUUUUACCUUCAUCGUUUCUUGAAUCUGUGGUAUUCGUUACUCGGGAGAAAUUACCUGUAGAAUCAUUGUUUUCUUUGCAAUCCACAAUAAUAGACCACUCCAAAGGUGAUUCUUAAUGUAUUAUUUAACUAUUGGUUCUGUAUCUUUCAUGGUUUGCACCAACAGAGCGUCUUUCUCCGGUUACGCUAGGUAACUCUCUGCCCCAAGCAGCCAUUUGAAACCUUUUUCGAAUGAUAUGGAGUCCAUUUUUUUUUAUUUAAGAAUGCAUUUUAAUAAAUUAUUAUAUGUGUACUUCUCUCAGCAUGUGCCAAUUCGAUUUCACCGGAGACUUUCUUCAGCUCAAACUGUGUAUUUUCAUUUCUUCAGUCAAUUUCUUGUGCCAUAAUAGUUGCAUUCAUUUUUUUCCUCUUGUUCUCCUUCUUGAAUUUCGUGUAGCACGUGUUUCAAAGUUAACACUUUUUUCUUGCUUAAAACAAAGCUAUUUUUUUAUUCCUAAGUAUCACAUUUUAUUAUUUUUAAUAGUUACUUUGAUUUUGUAUGAAAAUUAUAUUUUUGAAGAAAACUAGUAGAAUCUGUACUUUGUUGUUUGGAAGAUUUUCCUUCUCUCAUUUAUCUAUAGAACUUAAAUGUAACUUAUCAUUAUGUUCCACCUAUCAAUGUGUUUAAAGUAAAUUGAUCACUGGAAAGUAUCGUAUGAUUUAAGAAGUAAAUGUGUGUAUGGAGGUUAGAAAUGAAAGAGAGGACAUGUUCAGGAGGAUUUCUUUUGACGAGGUUUGUGCGGCCUUCAAAUGUGGUCUAUUUCAAUUUUUUUUUAUCAAGACCUUGAAUGAAAAUUGCUCAGCAAAUAAAUUGUUAAAUUGUAUUUUGUACUGAUAAUAAGGAGAUCGUAAUUUUGGUUAGUAUCAGGGGUACAAUGAGUUCUCCAUUAGCUGAACUUGGUAGAAAUGUUUAAGCUCAUAAAAAUGGAGGAACAAUGUGAAAGCAGAAGGUAUAUUCAUAAAACGCAAUUAUAAGACGCCUUUUUUUUUCAGGAGAAAACUAUCAUGCGCAUUAUUCUUGGCAAAGAAAACUGUGUAAUGUGCUCUUUACUGUGAAGUUAAAAGUAAAACGUGCUCUUUUAUGCAAAGAAAGUACUGAAGCCGGCAGUCUUAUGUGGAUAGGAAUGUAAAGGCAAAUUACUUCUCUGCACCCCUAGUUCUAUUGGAAUUGCUAUCUUUUGGUUGCCUGAAUGAUUUUAAUCUUUCCUUUAUUUCCUGGGAAAAAUUCUGUUUAAUUUUAAAGAAAUUGGGAGUAAAAAAUACUCCAGAGUUCCUAAGAAAAAAAUUUCCAAACUUUUCAAGUUGAUAGGCAGUGGAGAAAGAUAUUUCCUGACAAUUAAAAAAACUUAUCUUUUUUUUCCAAAUUGGGCAACCUGCUAAAGUUCUUUGCAUUCAUUGAAAGUUGUGAGGGGGAACAAAUCAUUUGCAGAGGACCUAUUUUGAAAAGAAUGCAUGAUGCAUAGCCGCAUUAACCAAGCUCAAGUUAGGAAUUUAAUCGUACUUGUGUAAAAUAAAUUGACUCAAUUUUCUACAACUGUAUAUCAAACUAUUUAUUAGGUUGCACUAACUCUUUCGUUGAACUUAAAUUGAUUAUAUUCAUCAAUGUCAAUCAUUGCAUAUUUGUCUGUUCUUUAAUAGCUCACUGUUUUCAAGUGUUGUUGUCUUCUGCCAAAUUUAGUAUGAGGUAAGUAAGACUUGCCAGGAUUAAAGAAAAUAGAUCAUCGCUCAAAAUCUUUCAACAUGUAUGUAAAUAUUAAUACUCUUACUCGUUUCCUGAGUCUUGUCAUUCCUCCUAGGGCGUUUAUUUAAAAUACAUAACGCUGAAUUUCGGAAUUUCCAUCCCCUACCCUUGUAACACUUUUGUGUCGUUGCUUUCUAUUCAUUAACUUGUAAAAACAAAAUGGUGCAACGCUCCUCUUGACCCUCCUCCCCUUCUAUAGCGUUAUGUACUUUAUGAACGGCCCAUUAUGGUUAGCUCUUGAUUCCACAAAGUGUUCACCAGUGAUUCUUGUUUGCUUUGAGUUGAAGCUGGCCUUCAUGAAUUUAUCAUUCUCCUACUGAGGUAUUUUUUUUUUCCUCUUUUUUUUCUAAAUCCAAUUUGUACCCAGUCUCUGCCUCUUUUUUUUCUUAAUUGUUCAGUUUUUUAGGUUUAAGUUUUCAAUAUUAUUUAUCUUCAUACUACAUUAUUUUCAAUCUGCCCAUAAUUUUGCUGUAGGAACAUGCAGUAUACUUACAAGCGGAGGCUCAGACGAGGCCAUCUCAGAUUUUUAUGUAGUUUGCGACAACUCAAGUGCCAGAUUUCUCCCCCUGAUGAUAACUAGGAAAAUUUUCAAUAAAUUUUUAGGAGACCUCAGGAGUCGAUUGAUAUGAACUGAAAAUCACACCUCAGUAAGCUGUCAAUCAAGUAUUUAUUGCAUAGAAUCACAUCAAAAUUGGAGGUGGCUACCUCUGAGCAUCUACUUAUCCGACUAGUUAAAGCAAAGAGCCACACAUGAUUAAAGUUCGAUAGGUUUCCCAGCCUACACAUGUUUCCUUAUUCCUAACUUCAAUUUUCUCUGUCUCUCUUUAUUGUGACGACCAGGAUAGUGAGAACAUCAUCUAUAUCUCUUUACUCCUGCACAUCAGUAGGACUACAUUUUGCACUUAGGAAACCAAAAUUUAUCGCUCAUCUGUGCAUCAUUAUGUGCACAGGGAAACCAAUGGUAUCUAUAAUGUUAGUAAACUGAGCCAAGAAUUGCAGUUCUGAAUUUCAAAAUGUAGCACGCAUGAUGCUGUAUUCUGCAGAAAUUAGAUCGUCAACUUUAUAAGCAUGUCAAUGCGAAAUUUAAUGCACAUUUGAAAGUGAGUCUGGAUUGCAAGUCUCAGAAAUAUUCUUUUGCAAUCUUUUCGUAUUUUUUCAGUUUUAUCCGUCAUUUUGCCCCCUUUGUUAAAAUUUUCGUUUCCGAAACCGUCAGUAGUUUGAGGACAGGGGAAAAUAUUUUUAUUUUAUGGGAUUUGUUGAUUCUUCAUUGUGAUAUUUUGAUUCCUGUGUUUGCAGUAAAAAUAUUCAAGUGUAACACUUGUGACUAUGUGUAAGUGUCUAUUUUUGUAUUCAAACCCUCAUGUACAUAAAAAUUAAUUUGUGUUGAAAAUUCACUAAUUGUAAAUGUCAGAAAUAGUUCUUAAAACCUCACUCCACAAAAGGCUGAUUCAGUUUAAUUUUCCUUUUUUUUUUUCGGUGCUUUGCAUUGUACUUAUAGACAAUUUUGAAAGCUGUUGAUCUAUAAAUACCAUUUGUAAAGGUGAAGUGGUAUGAAAUGCCGCUUAUGUUUUCCUCUUUUAUCUCUCCUCUCCUCUCCUCGUAGUUCAGAGAAACCCUUAGAUUUUUCGAGUGAUUAUUAGAACUAUUUCUGAACUGCUUGUACAGUAGUAAAUUUCGUUUAUUGUAUAUUUUUGUUGAAACUCAAAUUUAUUCAUGAAUAAAUGGAUGGAUCUAACUGGAUAACUGUAUGUACCUACAAAAUUUCGAAUUAGGAUGUUGCUUAGCUUUCUGGUACAAAGAUAUAACAUGUGAAAAAAAUUAGGUAACAUCCGAUGGGGUUUGGUUGGUUCUAGUUGUUACGGUUAAAUACCGUCCAAAUUUUUGUCCGGUUUCCUUGUAGGUAAUUGAGCUUUUUUCCAUCCACCAAUGCAAUGUUCUGAAACAUGGUGACAUCAGUACAGAACAAAAGUUUAGAAAUCUACGCUCAAAUCAUGUUAUAUUCUUGUGUCAUUUUAAUUUAUCAUUGAUUCUCACCAUCUUGUUGUUUAAUCUGAUGUCCAUUAUUACGAAGUUGGAUGUCCUCGCUAGGUAGCUAUUUAAUUACAAAUUUCCACGCAUACUUAAUUUUACCUGACCUCUUAUAUUCACCAUCAUCUAGAAACAUCUAUUUUGAGAGAUGAGGAGAAGAAGAAGAUCAAAGACGGAAAGGGUCUCCUCUGUUCGUUCAAGUGUUCAGGAUUUUCUGUUGCCUUUGUUUCCCUUGUCCCAUAAUUUUCGAAUUUUUAAAGGGCUGUCAAUCCAUUUAUUUGGUCAUAGGUCAACAACAGUGAAUAAAAGCCCCUAUUGUCAAUAAUUUGAGCUUAUAUUUGAUUUUUGUUCUUAAAUUCUUACUAUUUAUGAGUUUAUCGGAGCGUCAUUUGAAAGGAUUAGCACGAAGGGAAGAACAGGAAGGAAAGUCAGCCCUUUAAAUGCUCAGGCAAUUUAAUUGUUAGAAAAAAAUUUGUUGGUCCUUUGUACCAGCUCUUGUAGAAGAUUUAACUUUUAUCUGUUAAUAAUGGGUAAUGCUGGUCAUUCGUUGUGAAAUAUAAUUAAAUGCAUUCAUAAGUGAUGCCAAAAGUUUUGCUCUAAGUAUAUUAGCGUCCAUCAACUCUUUCUCUAUUCCUCUUUAUUGAGUCUUUACUACUGAUGCCAAAUGUAAUAUAAAUUCCUAAAUAAUUUAAUGACGUCAAAAACUGUAUUUGAUUUUGUAAAGCCUUUUUUUAAUGGAUAUUGCAAUCGGUUGUACCUGCAUCUGCACUUUUCAGAAGAAGUGCUACUUCAUCGUAUCCAUUACAACUCCUCGAUACCUGUACAGUUAUUGUCCCAAAAAUUAAUCCAUCAUGUGCAGAAUUCAUAUUGAAAAAUUCAUGAUCUUGCAUUUACUUUGUCUUACUUAAAAAAUGUUAUUUGGCGAGCCUUCAAUUUUUGCUAAUGGGAAAAGUCCAUUUUUUGUAUGGUAGUUGUCUCAGUAAUUUCCAGGUUUUCAUCUUUUCUAUUCAUUCUAAAUCAUUGCAAGCGUCUCCUCCCAAGGGGGGUUGCAGGAGAGGGAGGGGAGGAAGUAAGUGGAUGAGGAAGACUUUCAAACUCUACGAGUCCACUCUUUUUCAGGUUCUCAUGAAAACCGUGAUUUUUUCUCCACUUUUUAUGGCAAAAUAUUUCUCUUUGUUUAUGAUUGUCUCUAUUCCUUGUCCUUUGUGCUCCUUUCCUCUAAAGGUGCUCCCAAUUUACUAUUCUUUUAAAAAAUUAUUUGCCUUUUUAAGUAAGACGGUUCGAGAGAAAAUUUAAGAUAGCUGAAUUUCAGGUGAGCUCUCCUUCAAAGCAAUUUCGCCAAGGUUUGACUGAGAAAUUAGGUUCCCUGUGGUUAAUUCAAAUUUCAUUUAAAUUUAGAUUUUUACACCCCCCCCCCUCUUUUUUCUUCAUCUUAUUCUCAAUUUUGUGAAUCAUUGACAAGAAGAAACCAGAAGCAAGUGAUUUCAAUGAAGGGUUAUUAAUAUUAUUGAGCACCUGCAGUCUUGAUCGAGCUUAUUGUAAUUCUAAGUCUUAGUGCUGGGCUUGCACUAAUAUUAGUGCCACGCUAAUACUAAUUUAUUAGAGGAACCCUGAUUUAGUUGAUCACCAACUUUGUCCAUUUAAUCGGGAAGUAAAUUCCUGUUUCCCUUUUGAGACUGAAGUCCUGAGGCCAGAGGUCUGUCAUCACUUGAAUCAAAUGUAAUAUUUUACUUUAAAUAACUAGACAGUAAAUGAACAAUCUUUGCUCAGUGCUUAUUUCAAACAAAUUAAUGGUAUUUCUUUGUCUUUUGAUUGAAUGGAAAACCUGUGUCAAAAUGAAAUUGAAUUCUCCUGCAGCCAACGUAAUAAUUAUCAAAUUAUAAGACGAGACACUGCCACGGUAACAAAAUGGGGCCUCCACACCAACUAAAUUGAAUCAAAGGAAGUCUACUUUUGAAUAAGGAGCAGUUCCUCUUGCAUUUACAGUCCGUAUGUCAGCCAAGGUGGAAAAAAUAUUCCACUCUCAAUAGAGCAUUUAAAUUGUUUUCUCCGAUUUCUUAUUAUUUUUUUACAAUUCUUAGCUUUCAUUGUGCCGGUGCUAGGAGAUAUUGAUUCAACAGAGGAAUUGAUCACGUAAUCAUUUCCAAAAUUGUGGCAAAAUCGCCAAUUGAUUUUAUCAUGGAGUGUUAUAAUCAAGACCAAUCCACACAGGUCAGUCAUUCCCGAGGACGAAUUUUGGUACUCUACUGCGCAGUGACGUAGUAUUGAGUGCAUACAAUGUAUUUCUUAUGGGUGCACUCAAUAGUACGUCACAAUGAGUGCUGCGAGUUAGGGCCGGGCGGGGGAGUGGAUUUCAAAAAAGCUGCGCAAUGACUGACCUGUGUGGAUUGGUCUUGGUUAUAAUGAUCUAAAGUUUUUAGGUAGUCAAGGAAAGUUCUUUUCAUGUUUCCACUAUUUCUUGUUCUCCUGAUUUUCAGUUGAGCUUGCUGUUGAUCCUGCCAACCAAGAACUUUUCAUAACUUAAUUUGUCAUUAAGCACGCAUUUCACUUAUUUAUUAUCACGAGUAAUGAUGAAAUUUUUUGAUUUAAUGAUCAUUGUGAGUGCCAUUCAACAUUAAGCACCUCUUUUCUUUUGCUUAUGGAACUAUCACCUUUAUUGUUAAUGUGACCUAUGUCUGUUGAACUGAUAAUUGAAACUUAACUUACUGUAUUUAUCCACAAUAACUUCCCCUAAGUUUACCCUUUGUCAUUAUUUCUAAGUUCUAUUCAUUUAAUAAAAUAAUUCUUCCUCAA